GAAUAUGAAGAGCGCCUGGCCCGCCUGAAAGCCGACUAUAAGGCUGAGCAGGAGUCUCGGGCCAGGCUGGAAGAAGACAUCACUGCCAUGCGCAACUCAUAUGAUGUCAGGCUGUCCACACUGCAGGAGAACCUGCGGAAGGAGACAGAGGCUGUCCUGCAGGCGGGAGUCCUCUACAAGGCUGAGGUCAUGUCCAAGGCUGAGGUCAUGUCCAAGGCUAAGGUCAUGCCUAGGGCUGAGUUUGCCAGCAGGUCUGAGUACCCGCCUGCUUUCCAGUAUGAGACGGUGGCGAAGCCCGAGGUCUUCUCCACAGCUGACCCUCUGCCCAGUGACGAUGUCUCCAAGACUGAGCUUUCCUCCAGGUUUGCGGAGCUGCCCAAGGUGGAGCCCUCCAAGUCUGAGAUUUCUCUGGGCUCCAGCGAGUCAUCCAUGCUUGAAGAAACCUCUGUGUCUGAGGCUUUCCCUGGGCCCGAGGAGCCCUCCAACGUGGAGGUCUGCACGCCCAUUGUGCAGUCUGGGAGCAGGUACUCCCUGGAUGAGUGCCUCGGGCAGGAGUCCGCUGGGCAUCUGCUGGGGGAGCAGAACUACCUCCAGGAAGAGGAGCUGCAGGAGGAGCCCCUGCAGGGGUUACUAGGCCUGUGGGACCCAUUUGCCGAGGUGGAAGCCAAGCUGGCCAGACUCUCCUCCACCGCAGCCAGGACAGACGCACCCCAGGCAGACAUCCCCAAGGUCCCCGUGCAGGACCCUGUGCUGACAGACCUGCUGGAGCCUGGGGAUGCCAGGCCUGAAGCCGAGGCAGCUGAUGACUUCCUGCCCAGGCCUGAGGCGGAUCUGGUCUCGGAAGUGGCCUUGGAGAUGGUGCCGACAGCAGAGCCUGGCAUGGGGUUAGAGGCUGAGGCUCCAAUGGCCCCGGGGGCUCAGCCUCAGCCCCCGCCAGCCAUGGCCGACGUGAGGAGGGAAAACAUGGGCAUGGAGGUGGCAGUGCUGCCCGUAGCGGACCAGCAGCAAGUGCUGGCCCGUCUGCAGCUGCUGGAGCGGCAGGUGGUGGGUGGAGAGCAGGCCAAGAACAAGGACCUGAAGGAGAAGCACAAGCGGCGCAAGCGGUACGCAGACGAGCGCAGGAAGCAGCUGGUGGCCGCCCUGCAGAAUGCGGAUGAGGACAGCGGGGACUGGGUGCUGCUCAACGUCUACGACUCCAUCCAGGAGGAAGUGCGGGCCAAGAGCAAGCUGCUGGAGAAGAUGCAGAGGAAGGUGAGGCCCGGGUCAGCCCCCAGGCCGGGCUCCUAGAGGUGGGCGAGACCCUCAUACCCAGGCAUCACUACACCUGUGG